AUGUCAGCAACGCCUCGCAAGCCUGGAACCCCCGGCAGUUCCAGCAAAUCAUCAACCGCAGAUCCGCCCUCGACCAACGGGUCCACCACACGAGGACAUACUCGCUCACCUAGCGCCGCAACCAACGGUGUUAACCGCUCCCCUUCCUUAAGAGGUUCAACCCCCGUCUCUGCACGCGCCGCUGCGAGAAAGCCCGGCCGUUCCAACCUCAGCAUGUCCAACGUCCCGCGCAUCAGCAACGACCCCUCCGACGAGGAGGCGCGGGCCCAAAACGCCGCCCUGAUUGAGGAGCUGCGGCAACAACUACAGAAGGCGGAAACCGCCUCCGAGCAAUAUCAAAAACAACUGGGGGUCCUCCAGAUGCGUCUUGACGAAGCUGUCAGCGAGCAAGGAAAAUUGGAGGACCAGGCCCACGAGCGCGAUACCAAGAUCGAGACCCUGACCACCGAAGUCCGAGAUCAGGCUCGCCAGAUUCGAGAUCUAGAACAGAAUCAGGAACUGGAACGGAAUGCAAUGCUGCAAGAAAAGGAGCAGCAGACCAGCCGAGAAGAAGAGUUGCAGGCGACCAUUCAACGGUUGAAGGAGUCGGUGGCGCAGAAAAAUAUGCCCCUCAAUGCGGAUGGCGAUCGCCAGAUCUCCCGAUCCUCCAGCUUCCGUAAUCGAUCUUCCCCAGAUGUCGAUGGCCAGUUUGCACCGUCGUCGCAACUCGAGCGCAGCCCUUCCAGGAACAAUUCGAAUCUUCUUCUCCAAAAAGACAAGCUGAUCGAGUCCUUGCGCCUCGAGUUGGCCGAGUCACAAAUCAAACUAGUAGAGAUGGAGAAUUCUGGUGGCGGCCGGCAGCGCGAGCUGGAGAAAGACCUUCUGGAGGCCCGGAUGGCUAAUGCUCGCCUAAUGGAAGAUAACGAGAGCUAUCAACUGCUGCUGAGCGAGAAGACCCUCACUGGCGACUUCACAAAAGGUGACUUCAUGCAGCAUGCGCAUCCGGAUAAGACUUCCAGCGGUGGGCUAGGGUCGCUAGCUGAUGAGCUCGAAUCGGUCGAUGAAUCACCUGAGAGUGAUCCGAGCCGCAAGGUGGACAGCGAGGUCAAGACUCUGAAGGACCAAAACAAGGCCUUGACGCUCUAUAUUGAACGCAUCAUCAGCCGUGUCUUACAACAUGACGGGUUUGAGCAUGUCCUGGACCGGAAUGACGACGAGGACGACUCUAAGGUUGGAAGCAAGGAGAAGGAUCUGCCUCCUACUCCGCCAGAGAAGGAUGACUCUCCAAACCAGUCAUUUUUGCAGCGAGCCAAGUCAGUCGUUGCCGGACCUCCUCGAUCGCAGCCUCGGUCUCGCCCAACCAGCAUGAUGCCUCCUCCUGCUGUUCCAUCGGCAAACGAAAAUCCUGACACCGCGCCCAGUAUCCCCCUACGCGCUCAAUCUGUCAGAGCAAGUCACCGUCGCACCCGUUCCGAGCAGGUCGACCCAGGAGCUGCCUCCGUCGUUACACAGAUGUAUCGUGGGCGGAAUUCUGGCGGACCCAUGAGCCCUAGUGCAAUGGGCCCGGGCUCUCGUCAGAGCAUGUUCUCCGGUGCCGCCAGCUAUAUCUCUAGUCGGGCUCCUUCUAUGUCUAGCCAGGCUGACCCUGCCGGACGUAGCAGCUCUCCUAGCGUGACAAGUGACCUCCAUGGAGACAACAGCUCUAUAGGUGCUACCUCCAGCCCACCCCGCUCUAGCAGUGGAAUGAACAACUACACAGGCGCUGUAAUGACGCAGAAUAAGUUGCGCCCAUUGCGUCUUGUGAGCGAUGCUGCCAAGCUAGAGGAGGAAGAGGCCGCACGCAAGAAAGCCAAUCGUGCAAGCUGGAUUCCCGGGUGGUUCAACCGCCCCAAUAACCCGGACGAACAGCCACAAUCUUGA